AUGCACACCACCCUCUCUCCCAUACCGUCACAGUCUGAUAUCUUGGGAAACUUGGACACAGAUCUUCCAUACUACUAUACAUGCCGAGAUAUGGCAGAGGAGUACAUCCUGCGAAUCAUUCCGCUGUCAAACAUACAUGGCGCUUUCCGUGUUUUGCGCGUUUUGGCAGAGGGAGGUUUUGCAAAGGCUCUGGGAGCUGAAGACCUAGCCACCAAUCACUUGAUAUGUCUGAAGGUCUUUCAAAAGGACCAUCUUAAACACAGGGGCACAGAAGAGGUCCUUUUGAACAAGCUAGAAGUGUACAUGCGGCUUGUGUGGCAGUGGAGUCCUGCAACUAUAUUUCUGAUGAAACUAGAAAUGUUGUUCCAGACAAACAGCCAUAUUUGUUUUGCUAUGGAGUUAAUGGCGAGUGAUUUACAAUGUUGCCUGAAUUAUUGUCCCGUAUAUUGCACUGAGAAUGCUCGCAGGUGGAGUGCACAACUGGCCCUCAGGAUCAAUGCUCUUCACACCAUGGGCAUCAUCCACCGCGAUAUCAAACUGGUGGAGUGGUAUGAUAGCUUUGACCUCGCUGACUCAGCUCUCGGAACCUCCCAUGGCACUGCUCUCGCCUAUCCCUCUGCCUGGAACCCCCUACUCCAUGCACCCCCCUAA